AUAUGAUUCCAUGUCAAAACGUCAACUCAUCCUUGAUCAGUUAUGAUCCAUGCAUUCAUUAUAUAUGAAUGAAUUACCACCACUACUACUCAUCCUAGCUAGCUAAAAGUCUAAAACAUGGGCACCUUUGAUGACCGGAAACCGUACCCUCCCACCGCAACCCACGACGACGACGAUGACGGAAUCUCCCCCAUCGAAGAAGUCCGUCUAACGGUAACCAACAGCGACGACCCGACCCUGCCCGUAUGGACCUUCAGGAUGUGGUUCUUGGGUUUGCUCUCAUGUGCCCUCCUCUCUUUCUUCAACCAGUUCUUUUCGUACCGUACCGAACCACUAGUCAUCACCCAAAUCACAGUCCAAGUGGCCACCCUACCCAUUGGGCACUUCAUGGCGGCGGUUCUCCCGGAGACUAAGUUCCGGUUGCCGGGGUUUGGGUCGAAGUUGUACUCUUUCAACCCGGGGCCGUUUAACAUGAAAGAGCAUGUCCUUAUUUCAAUCUUUGCUAAUGCGGGAAGUGCUUUCGGGAACGGAUCAGCGUAUGCCGUGGGCAUUGUGACCAUCAUCAAAGCUUUUUAUCACCGGAAUAUUUCUUUUUUGGCCGGUUGGUUGCUCAUUAUUACCACACAGGUAUUAGGAUACGGUUGGGCGGGGCUGUUGAGGAAAUAUGUGGUGGAACCAUCGCACAUGUGGUGGCCUGGGACUCUAGUUCAGGUCUCCCUUUUCCGGGCUUUGCAUGAAAAAGACGAGCAACGGAUGACACGUGCAAAGUUCUUCCUAAUCGCACUAAUUUGUAGCUUCGCGUGGUACAUAGUCCCAGGAUACCUCUUUUCUACACUCUCAAGCAUCUCAUGGGUUUGUUGGGCCUUCUCCGGAUCAGUGAAGGCCCAACAGUUAGGAUCGGGUAUGAGAGGUCUUGGGCUUGGAGCUGUAACACUUGACUGGUCGGUUGCAGCAUCCUUCUUGUUUAGCCCGCUAAUCAGCCCAUUUUUCGCUAUAGUGAAUGUGUUUUUGGGGUAUGCAAUGAUAAUCUACAUCGUUAUGCCAUUGUCUUAUUGGGGUUUGGACUUGUAUGGAGCUCGUAGAUUCCCCAUAUUCUCAUCACACUUGUUUACGAGCCAGGGUCAAAAGUAUAACAUAUCGGCUAUUGUGAAUGACAAGUUUCAGAUAGAUAUGGUGAAAUACGAAGAGCAAGGCAGGAUUCAUUUAAGUACAUUCUUUGCUCUCACUUAUGGUUUUGGAUUUGCAGCUAUUGCAUCCACUCUAACCCAUGUGGCCUUCUUUCAUGGGAGGGAGAUCUAUGAUAGAUUCCGAGCCUCGUACAAGGAGAAACAGGAUAUACACACCAGACUCAUGAAGAGAUACAAAGACAUACCCAACUGGUGGUUCCAUUUAUUGCUACUUGUCACACUCGCAGUAUCUCUUGUACUCUGCACUGUCUUAAACGAUCAAGUUCAGAUGCCCUGGUGGGGGCUUAUCUUUGCUUCUGUUAUUGCCUUCAUUUUCACCCUCCCAAUAAGCAUCAUAACUGCCACAACAAAUCAGACACCGGGGCUAAACAUAAUCACGGAAUACAUUAUGGGUGUUAUACUGCCGGGAAGACCCAUAGCCAAUGUAUGCUUCAAGGUUUACGGUUACAUGAGUAUGACACAAGCCAUUUCCUUCCUAAGUGAUUUCAAGCUCGGGCAUUAUAUGAAGAUUCCUCCAAGGUCAAUGUUCUUGGUUCAGUUUAUAGGAACCAUUUUGGCUGGCACAGUAAACCUUGUUGUGGCAGUGUGGUUACUAGACUCGAUUGAAAACAUCUGCCAAGAUGAGCUUCUUCCAGCGGACAGCCCAUGGACAUGUCCAGGAGAUCGAGUCUUUUUUGAUGCAUCAGUCAUAUGGGGUCUGGUGGGACCCAAGCGUAUAUUCGGGAGUCUUGGAAACUACAGCUCUAUGAACUGGUUCUUCCUCGGGGGUGCAUUAGGGCCCAUUAUCAUCUGGCUGUUUUACAAGGCAUUCCCUAAACAAACUUGGCUUCCUCUGGUAAACCUUCCAGUUAUUUUAGGAGCAACAGGUGCCAUGCCACCAGCCACCGCUGUAAAUUACAAUGCCUGGAUUAUAAUAGGGACAGUUUUCAACUUCUUUGUUUUUCGCUACCGGAAACAGUGGUGGCAGCGGUACAACUAUGUUCUAUCGGCGGCAUUGGAUGCUGGUGUGGCUUUCAUGGCGGUUUUGCUCUAUUUCUCUGUGGGUGUUGAAGAAAAAGGUGUGACUUGGUGGGGUACUGAUGGAGAGCAUUGCGAGUUGGCGACUUGCUCAACCGCAAAAGGAAUCAAUGUUGAUGGUUGUCCUGUGAACCACUAGGUCGUAUAUUGCUUAAUUUUCGUUAUUAAAUAGUGUGCUGUUAAUGUUAUAAAGCGGAUUGUCGAAUCAAUUCACAGGUUUGUAUGAUCGAAAAUAGUAAUGGGUCAAGAGAAACAGAAAGUGAUUUGUAUAAAAGUAAAUCACAGAAAGUUGUGAUAUGGAAUACACAAUGUUUUACACA